AUGUGCCAACCCCAACACCCUUCCGUUUCCUCUUCACCAACAAAUUCUACCAGUACAAGUUUUGUAAAUUCAAUACAAACUUGGCAUUUAAAUUCUGCAGCGUUUACAGUUGUAGCUACCUUCAUAUUUGUUCAAUUCAGAGCACUUCUGCGCUCCUUUCUAACGAGAAAUGCUCAAAGAAUGGUUAGGGCAUCCAUAAGUUCGUUAAGAGGAAAGUUAUCUGAAGGUGGAGAUAGAGGAUCUGAUAGAAGAAAAAGUAGCAAUAAAAAGGAGGAAAAUGGUGAAGAGAAGGAGUAUGUGGAUAAAGGGGUGGGAUCAGACCUGGAUAUGGCAAUAGAAGAACAUGACAACAUUUUACAGCAAUUUCCCGUUGAACUGCCUUAUCACCCAAUUAAAUUUACUGAACAUGAGAUGCUUAAACGCUCCCAACUUUUUUAUGAACAAAUGAAAUCAAGGAGAAGUGUUCGUUGUUUCAGCAGUAGACCUGUGUCUAUUAAACUUGUGCAGAAUUUGAUAAAAACUGCAGGAACAUCCCCAAGCGGGGCAAACCUGCAGCCUUGGACUUUCUGCAUAGUUCAAAGCCCCAAAAUCAAAAGGGCGAUAAGAGAAGUUGUGGAAGAACAAGAACAACUAAACUAUACACGCAGAAUGGGUGCUCAAUGGGUUUUGGAUGUUUCCCAUUUGAACGUAAAUUGGAAUAAGCCUUACUUGACAGAAGCGCCUUAUUUAAUUGUUGUGAUGAAACAUCCCUAUUAUCUGGAUGAACAGGGGGAGAGGAAACCGACUCACUACAGUGAACAAAGCACGUCUAUAGCUGUGGGCAUUUUGGUUGCUGCGAUUCAGAAUGCCGGUCUAGUUACUGUUGUCUCCACUCCUUUAAAUGCGGGGUCUGCUAUACGUGAAAUUCUGCAAAGGCCAAUAAAUGAAAAAGUAAGCGUUCUACUCCCUCUGGGAUAUCCUGCUGAAGGCGUACUCGUUCCGGAUAUACGGAAAAGAAAUAUUGAGGAUAUUAUGCGGAUUUAUUGA